GCCAGCAUUCCAGCAUGCUGCCCGCGAAGCUCGUCUACCUGCUGGACAUGCUGUUCCACGUGGGAAGUUUAACCGUGGACGCCGUGCUCGGGGUCUCCCUGCUGCAGAAUCCACCUGAGACGCUCGGCCUCGAGACGGAGCGAGGAAGCGGGGUUUCCAACUCGAACUCCAUCCUUGUCGUCCUCGUUGGCAUCGUCUACCACAUCGGCAUACUCGUCACGUACUACCGCUGGGUUCAGCUUAGGCCGGCCACGACCACCCCGUGUGGCGCCUCUGACUGUCUGUCCUGGAUCAGCGAGACGGUGCGCACCAGACUGCACCGCCGACCGGUAGCCACGCUGGACCCCCCGCCGCUGCUAGGUGACGCGUUCGAACGAGAGCGCCCACUGGACACACAGCAGAUACGCCUGCCAUCGUUCGAGCUCCCGCACCAUCCAGUAUCCGGUGCAGUCACCAAGAGGCGGCCUGCAGUACAGUUCAGCGAGCACCGGGAAGGCACAGACGAACGACUGCCUCCGACACGCCACUGACCAAGAGGCCUGAUUGUACGACGCUCAAAUCUGUCCCAUGUCUGCACAGGCACCUGUGCUGAAGUUGCUAAAGUUCGGUUAUAAAAUUCAGUUUUUGGCACAACAA